GGAAAAAUUGUGCCGCGCGUAAACGUCAGAAGGGAAAGGCGUUGCGUUAUUACUUUCGAUGUAAGACUCCCCGCGCGCUCUCGCGAUAAUUAUCAUCAUCGUCAUCGGCCGUGUCUCGUGGUAGGCAAAGAUAUCGCUGGCGGUUCCGCGAAGCACACGGUCUCUUCUCUUUCCGCCAUAGGUGGACGUUACAUCGUGUGACGUCAAUGCUCGAGGUGGGUACCAAUACUAAAUCCGUGUUUAAGGGAAGAGACUGAUGAUGGCAACGGUGACGGCGACGGCGGCGACGACGACAUAACGAUGGCAACGUCGGGUCCAUCCAUUGAGAGGGAACGGAAGAGCUGACGUCAAAGAGGAGGGCAUCCUCGAAGAAGAGGGAGUCGCCGCGCGCGAACGAAGACGAAGCUCUACUUGGGGCCCCGGCCCCAACUCCGGCCCCCCAGCCACGGCUUCAGGGGCUGCACAAAAUGCGGAUGAAGGAGAGGGGGAAAUUAGUCAUGUCUUCGCGUGUACUGGCACGCGCAAGCCCCCGUUUAAGUGGGGCAACACCACCCACGUUCACGUUUGCGAGCAGGAUAAAAAAUCCUUCGAGAAUCAGGGAAUACUCAGUUUUCAGCAAACCAUUUAAACGAGACGAUCGAGCCGAUAGGAAAAGAGGUACUGCCUCAUCCCUCAGUCUUACGAGAGUCAGUUGUCAAGUUCGAAUGACCGAUCCGCGUUCAGUGAUCUGCCGAAGAGAUUCAUCGGCGAUUCUUUCGCUAAUUCUUGCACUGGUCAGCGCCGCAUGCCGGACCUCGAUUGGCGAAUCAUCACAGAAAACCGUGCAGCUGAAAAACAGAUUGAGAUACCAUCGAUUUCGCCGAAUUUCGAAAAGAAGCUCGAUAGAUAAAACGACUGCACUUUGCUGAAUAAUUCAGUGGAAAAGCAAUCAUCUGUCAGGCAAAAGAUCCCGAUUUCCUGAUCCAGUCAUCUUAAGCAUUUAACUAAACAAAUGUCAUUUCACGGUGUUUGAAGAAACAAGUGAUAGAAGAAAAGCAAAGAAUUCUAAAGUUAAAAAGGUGGAAAAGAAAUAUACAUGAUAAACUUUCAAAGGAAAAUUUCGGGAAAACAAGGCUAUUCGGAGUAAGGAGAACUGAGGAAACAAGAAGGAAAAAUAAAAGCGAUAACACACAAUAAAAACUACUGACCUCCACGGGGGUUCCUUUGUGUGAGUUUUGGGUCAAAAAUCUACCUAAUUCUACCUAAUGGCGGCAUUCAACGCAAGAUUUUGCCUAUUUACUCUGGCUGUGAGUGUUAUCGUUUGUACAUUACUCGUUCAAGGUCGGAGUCUGAGACGUCGACACGGUCAUCAUCCUCACUCGGAUUAUUAUGACGAUGGAGAAUGGUUGCCGCGUGAUUUAUCGGGGCGCCUCGAAGAUAAUUCGGAGUACUAUCGCGAUUCCUACAGACAGGCGGAGAAACGCCUCCGUAACUCUCGGAUCCCUGAUCGUUCCUCGGAAUAUGAGAAUUCGAAGGAGCGAGUUGCGUCAUCCAUCCGUCGGUACAAACAUGAGUUCGAUUUGUGGAAUCGCGAGUCCUCCUCGCGACGAAAGGAGGACUCCCCGCGCAAAUACAACGACACGACGUUUUCGAUGAGAUUCUUCAACAGGAGGAAGCGUUUUAAUAAAUUCGAGCCGAGCCCCGUGGAGCACAAUGGCCAGAGUUCCAUAAACGAAGCUAAGGAUUCUGUCAGAUACGAGAUGGAAGUGAGGGAGGCGCAGAAUUUGGCCAUCUGCAACUACACCGUGGAAUCGAUACCGGUACCGGAGAAUCGGAGCGCCCGGGUACCAAGGAUCCUGGAGCACAUCAAGUGCAAUCAUAUCGGCAGCAGGUGCCAGGGCACCAACACCGCCUGCUGCGUACAGACGUAUAGAAAUAUCACGGUGUUCUACGGCGACGGUACCAGUGAGAUAAUGAAGAUCUACGUGGGCUGCAUAUGCGCCCUCAAGUUCAUGAGCAGAUACGCGUCGCCAUUCACCAACGAUUGACAUCGAAAUCUCGAGAGGCUAGUGACGAUCCGCUUUGGUGACGAUUCGCUUCGAUCGUGGUUCGGUAGGU